AACAACCCCCACCACAGUUGCCCCCUUUCAUUUCCCCCUCAAAACCUCACAGUAAAUUCACUUUGGGCGGGAGAAUCUCGAAACUCCGCCAUCUCUCUCCGAAACCUUCACCUUCACCUUCACCUUCUCUCUCUUCAAUGGCGGACAACCAUCAACAAGAGUCGCUUGACAUGGAUGAAUCUCAAUAUCUACCGCCGCCGCUGCGUGAGCUUCGCCGGCGAUGGGAACUAGCGUCUGUCCUUAAUUUUCUCAGCGUUUUCGAGCCAUUGAUUGGUAAAGAGUUGAAAAUGUCAGCGGAGGAAAUCGAAGAUGCUUUGAUUAACCCAAACGAUUUACUUUCUAAGCUUCAUAUAUCGCUUCUUAAGGGAAUACGGCCUUUUUCCAAGAAGUUGCAUGAUCCAGAUGUCUGGGUGACAAUUCUUUGUAGAAGGUUAGCGGAAUGGUGGCCACUGGUUGCUGAAGGCAAAGUUCCUCUGACUGAAGCCAAAGGUUUAUUGUGCAGAGAAGAAAUAUCCAGAUACAAAGAACUUGAUCCAACUGUACGUUUGUUGAUGUUAAAGGCCUUGUGUGAAAUCCGAACACAGCAACAUGAUCUAGUUUCUUAUAUCAAUGACGCACUGAAGGAAGGGGGACAAGUAUCUCAAUUUCGUAAAGAUACAAUUGCUCAAGACAAAAAUGGAGCGUCCUACUGGUAUGACGGAAAUUCAGUUAUUGGUCAUAGACUGUACAGGGAAGUGAACAAGGUCAUGAAGCAGAAGCUUAGAGGCAAAAAAUGUCUACAUCUGCAAGAAACCAGUUCGGAGUGGGAGAUUCUUGCAACCAACCUCGAGGAAUUUCGUAAAAUUACGGAGAAAUUUUCAUCUUGCCAAGUUGGAGCUGAGGCAGCAGUGCACGAGACUAUUGAAACUGAAGUGAUUCCAGUACUCGAGAAAAUGCAAAAGAAAAAAGAGAGGGACUUGAAGCGACAAAAAUUAGUGGAAUCUCGUUUGAGUGGUUGUCAUUCCUAUGCAGCGGGAGUCACCCGUUCUUGUCGCACGCGCAAACCUGUGAAGUACACAUUUGAUGAUUAUGACCGGACAAUUGACGAGGCUAUAAAAUCCCCCAGGAAAAGGAAACCUGGAGAAGUGGAAAGGAAUGACAGUAUGCAUCACAGACUCAGGAAAAGGGGGAGUGCUUCUAAUGGAUUUUCGCAGAGUGGUGGUCAUUCCGAGGAAGAAGCUGUAGUUUCGACUCAUGAGGAUGAGCUUAAUGACCAACAGGGAGAAGGGGAUAACAACCAUGAGGAAAAUGACCAACAGGGUGAAGGCAGUGAAAAUAACGGGGAAACUGACUCUCAGAUUGAAGACAGCGAAACUGACCGUCAGAGUGAAAAUGACUGCAAAACUGACCUUCAGAUUGAAGGCAGUGACACGGACAAGGAUACCAGUUGGACUGACAGCGGUGGCAAAAGUGAUAAUGAGAUAGUUAGUGAUAGUGAAAGCGAUUCAAGUGAUAAUGAGCUUAAAAAUGUCAAAACUAAUGGAGCAAACCAUAUAAAACUACUUUCUCAAGGACAGAAUGACGAUGUUGCUACUGGCUUGCAGGUGAAAAAGAGUUCUGAUUGUAAUGCUUCUCAGAAUCUUCGCAAAGUCAGGAACCCAGAAGCUAAGAAUCGAUAUAGGCAGAGGCCUAUAGUAAACAGUGCCUUUGAUGAUGAUGUUGUUGUCCCUGAUUCCGAAAAUGAAAGCGAGGAAGAUCCAUCUGAGGCUGCUGAUUCUAGUGAGGAAGAUCCAUCUGAGGCUGCUGAUUCUAGCGAGGAAGAUCCAUCUGAGGCUGCUGAUUCUAGCGAGGAAGAUCCAUAUGAGGCUGCUGAUUCUGAGGAUGAAAUUAGCAGAUGAAACGAAGCUGAUACGCAGAAUAGUUGAUUUCUCUUGGUUUUUGAUUGAAGAGAAAUGUAGAUUGAAUAUGCCUGUAGAGUUGGCAUAGGCAGGUUUUUGGGCUUUUGUUUAUAUAUCUAAUGUCUAGAAACUGUUGUAUCAUCCAGUGCCCAUUCCAUCCGGCAAGAUAGUGAUCUAUCCAAAAUCUCUGGCGACAAUUAUAACUGGAUUCUGGAGCAUGUUCCGGAUACUCAGAAAUGUUAAUGGCUUAAGUAAGGUUACAAGUCAAUACAUGCCUUCAUUUUGGUAGUUAUGGAGUGUAGUUCAUGUAUUCAUUAUUGAACGAUUGUGGGAAUAAGUUCAUUAACAUUAGGCAAUUCUAGCAAGUCGUUGACUGCGUUCUAUUUGACUA